AUGCAAGCUGAAUCUUGAAUGGAAGUGGCAGGGGAUGCGAUUGGUGAAGGAAGGCAAAGCUUUGUUCGAGGCAGACUAUGGGCGGUCGUAGAUCUAAAUUCGGGUUGCAGAUCUGAAUUCUUCGUUGACCGGCGUAGGGAAGAGGAGAAAGGAGAUGAGUCAGGAGCGGCGGUGGAGGAGGAUGUGGUGGUGGUCGUCUCUCUCGCGUCGUCGAUCUCUCUCGCAUCUAACUCCGGCGAGAUUGGCUCUGAACACGCUGGGACGCAGCAACGCAAGGACAAAUCGUCGUCGUUCGUCUCUCUCGUAGCCACGCAAGGACAAGCUGGGAAGAAACCAAAAAAUUGGGGCCGGAUUUUAAAAUACCUGGGUGCUGGCAGCUAUUUCUAAUUCCGGGCUAGGCCAAAAUUUCAAAAACCCGAAGGCCCAAAUCACGCCAUUUAUUUUGGCUAUCCAAACAAGAGAAUGGGUUAAAUUCCUGGACGGGCCAGGAUUUGGGCCGAAUCCCUGCCCACAAUUCUGAAUCCAAACGACCCCAUAAGGGGAUUGGCCUAGAGAAUACCGUAAAGAAACCAUAAAUAAUGGAAACAAUUGAGCAUGUCUUGCCAGGAAGAAGGUUAGAAAAAGUGAAAUUGAACUAAAACAAGUGUGAUAAGCCUUUAUGGAAACAAGUCAUUUUUUCCAUAUGAUUUGUCCAACGUUCUCAUGAGCCAAAUGGAGACUCAUGAGUAGUGAUGGCAAUGGGGCGGGGCGGGGCCGGGCGGGUACCUCAAUUCCCAUGCCCCGCCCCACACUACUACGGGUCGGGGCGGGAAAAACCCGCGGGUACGGGGCGGGGCGGGUCGACCCACUCUUACAUGUUGUUCAAAAAAAUACAAGUAAAUUUUAGUUUUUACA